GUUUUGUCCUUUUUAUUCAGUGAAGCAAUGUAUUUAGGUUUGUGAUUGAACAUGGAAAAGAACCCUUCCUACAUUGAAUGUGUUUCACUCUUUUUCUUUUGAAUUUUUGUUCUCUGAUUCUCAUGGCGCUGUUGUCGCAUUGCACUCGUCGUCUCAUCUCACACACUUCCUUCAGAUCACCUCUUCGACCCAUCAAUCAUUCCCUUUUUCUCAACCCUACUGUGCCGCAGCGUCCAUCCCCACUGUUUAUCAGAACUUUUGUGUACCAACUAGGAAGUGUGCAGUCACUUUUGCCUCUACAUAGUGCAGUGGCUACUUCAAGACUGGUGUCUAGUCUCAGCAUUAAUUCAAGGAGUUGUGGAGCUCUUUCACUGGCUACCCUCUGCUGCGACUUCCCUGGACCCUAAGGUUUUUGUAAUUUUGGGCGACUGUCUCUUUUCUUAUGUUUCCAACGGGCUCAGGUGAAGAGAAUAAGCACAACUCAACAUGUGGGGCUCUUAUGACUAAUGACUAUGUUGAUUUUCUGAUGAGUUGAGCUGCGAAGAGUUUAGCCUCAAUUCAUUUUCUUCUUAUGGACGAGAUGUAACUUUGCUUGUUUAUUAAUCUUUGUAUGGACAACCUCUUUUUGAACCUGUCAUGUCAUAAAUGCCCCCAUUGAAUCUAGGUGAUUUAACCUGCCAAGUGCCAAUGCACUUUGUACGAAUGAGUACUGCAGAAGAAUGUACUGAGCAUCUAUGCUCCUAAAUAAAAAGGUUAAGGCUCACGUUGAAAUUUUUUAA